CAACAACAAAAAUAUAAAGAAUACUUGAAAUGCGUAAAGAAAAAAGUCGUGAUGCAGCACGUAGCCGUCGUGGUAAAGAGAAUCAUGAAUUUUAUGAAUUAGCUAAAAUGUUACCAUUGCCUGCAGCUAUUACAUCACAGUUAGACAAAGCAUCAAUAAUACGUUUAACAAUAAGCUAUCUAAAAUUACGUGAAUUUUCACAAAAUGGUGAACCAUCAUGGAAUAAUGCAUUGAGCAGUUUAAGUGCAUUGAAAUGUAAAGCAAAUAGUGUAUUUGAAAGCCAUCAAGGCACUCACAUUCUACAAUCAUUGGAUGGAUUUGCAUUUGCACUAGGGCAAGAUGGACGAUUUCUAUACAUUUCCGAAACGGUUUCCAUUUAUCUUGGUUUAAGUCAAGUUGAAAUGACUGGUUCAAGUAUUUUUGAUUAUACACAUCAACAAGAUCAUCAAGAAUUGGCUGAACAAUUGGGUCUGAGUCAUGCACAACCGAAUGCCACCAGUGUUAAUACAACAAUGGGAACUACUUCAAUUCAUAAUCAUCCUCCUCCUCAUCAUCAUCAUCAUCAUAGUAAUUCACCAUUACCACCGGCUAGUGUUUCAUCAAAUACAUCGAAUGAUUCGGAUAAUGGUGGUAUUGGUAGUGGUUAUUCAAAUGGUCAUAGUUUAAUGUCAACAAAUGGUAUUGAUGAUACAUUUGAACGGCAAUUCUGUAUACGAAUGAAAUCAACAUUAACUAAACGUGGUUGUCAACAUUUUAAAUCAAGUGGUUAUCGUGUAGUAAAUAUUGUUGCACAUUUACGUGCUGAAAUGUUACGUAAUCGUUCAACGAAUCUAAUUAAUAAUAAUAAUGGUGGAAAUUCAAAAAUUAUCGGCCUUGUUGCAUUGGCCAUAGCAUUACCACCACCAUCAAUAAAUGAAUUACGUUUAGAACCAGAUAUGUUUGUUACAAGACAUAGUUUAGAUUUUAAAAUUCUGCAUUGUGAACCUAGAGUAACUGAAUUAUUAAAUUAUUUACCCGAUGAAUUGAUUGGUAGAAAUUUUUAUUCAUUAAUACAUGGACAAGAUGUUACAUUAAUGAAAAAAUGUCAUAUUGAUUUAAUACAUAAAGGUCAAUCAAUGUCGAAUUAUUAUCGUAUUGUAAAUAAAUCCGGUGGUUAUACAUGGGUACAAACAUGUGCAACACUUAUCUGUAAUAAUCCAUCGACAACAACAACAACGAUAACUAACAGUACCACAAUACAAAAUAAAUCAUCGGGAAGUAGUCCUGGUUCAUCUAGUACAAUUCCCAAUACUAUUUCUGGUCAAGAUGAUCAAGAACAAAGUGUUAUUUGUGUCAAUUAUGUACUAAGUGCAAUCGAAUAUACCGGUAUAAUAAUGGAUCAAUGUCAAAUUGGUAGUAAAAUUAUUUCAUCAACAUCAACAUCGACAACAACAAAUUCAAGUGGUCCGCCAAUUGGUAAAAUACGGUCGUUACAUAUCAAAAAAUCAUCACAUUCAAGUUCACCAUCACCUGAUUUGAUUGCAAAUAAACUUAAUAAUAACAAUGUAAUGCGUUGUUCAUCAAGAGGAUCAAUUGGAGAUGGUGGAUUGCCUAAUGGCGGUGGUCAAUUAAAUCAAAAUGAAACACAUAUGUCACGUAGUCCAAGAUUAUUAUCAACGACGACGACCACUAAUUCUCGUUCAUCGCCAAUGGAAUCAUCAUCGGAAAACAUAAACAUAAUUAAACGUCGACGAAUGAAUUCUAGUCCAGUACGGCCAUGGAAAUCUCCUUCACCACCACCACCGCCGCCAAACAGCAAUUCCAUGGUUAAUAAUGUUAUUCAACAGCCACCAUCAUCUACUUCAUCAAAUCAUGAAUCAACAACAACAUCAUCACCAAAUCUAUUACGACACAUAUCGGUUAUACGUGAAACACCACCAAUUCUAAAACCACAAGUAAUGACAUCUACUACACCUUAUCAUCAUCCUCAUCAUGCUCAUCAUCAUCAUCCACAUCCCCAUCCAUAUCAUCAUUUAGUUGAUCAAUAUGCUGCUGCAUAUCAUUUAUAUAAAACUGGUCCAAAUGGUAAUGUUGUUAUCAACAAUAACAACAACAACAAUACUAAUAAUCCAUCAACAAUUAGUCCACCAAUGAAUUCCAAUCCGAAUGUUGUCGCAUCACCACAUUCUCAUCAUCAUCACCAUUGGAGUGCUUAUGGCUAGGCUCAUGACCAAACAAUAUGUCCAACCAAUCAAUCAAUCAAAAUAUUGCAUUCAAUUA